AUGGUUUCCUACGUCACACUUGUGUCUUCAGAUAAUCACCGCUUCGUUGUACUCAAGGAAGUGGCCAUGAUCUCACCGGUGCUCCGAAGUUCUGACGAGUUUGAAGAAGGUCAAACUGGACGCAUCACCCUAGAUAUGGAUGGAGAGAUUCUCGAGGUGGUGGUGGAUUACCUCCACUACUUCUACAAAUAUAAGGAUGUGGAGCCUACGGGCGACGUUCCAGAGUUCAAGAUCCCCACGCAUUUGGCGUUGGAGUUGUUGGUGAAGGCAGACUUUUUGGAUAUAUGA